AUGGCAGAGGGAACUCGUUGGAAAGUAACGGAUGAUAAGCUUGCUAAACAUGAUGAAGUGUUGACUGAGUUGUUGAACAGUCAACAAGAGAUGCGUGCUACUCAGACUGGGAUUCAAGGAACCCUAGAACUGAUUCUCGAAAGGUUGCUAGCUUUGGAAAGGGCACCUGCAGCUCAAAAUGGAGGUGGAGGUUUACUUCCACUUCCAGUGCAAGAAAACAGACAGAAUAGGAACCAGACACCACCACCUAAGUGGGAACUACCCAGUUUUGAAGGCCAUGAACCCAAGGUAUGGAUUAGAAAAUGUGAAAGGUACUUUAACUUGUAUAGAACACCUGAGGAUCAGAAAGUAGAGGCUGCUGCUCUGUACUUAAAUGGGAUAGCUGAAGUAUGGUACCAUUCCUUAGUAUUGAGUAGGAGCACCUUGAACUGGACCGAAUUUCAAGAGGAGUUGAUCAGUAGGUUUGCAGAAGUACUAGCUGAGGAUAUAGUAGAGGAAUUUAAUAAGCUGUCACAAGAUGGGACUGUAGAUGAGUUCCUAGGGAAGUUUGAGGACCUCAAGGCUCAAAUGUUGGUCAGGAACCCUUUACUAGAUGAAUCUCAUUUCAUAUCUAGUUUCAUAGGUGCACUUAAGGAAGAAAUCAAAUUUGGUGUUAAGAUGUUCAAACCUGACACAUUGAAGUUUGCCAUUGAACAAGCUAGGAUGCAGGAAAAGGCUAUUGAAGCUGCUCUCAAGAGAGAGCAAGCUGAGGCCAAGAACAAGCCCACAGUGAGUAAUACCUUGGCUGUUAGGAAACCUCCUACAAUUAGAACAAAUGCUUUUAGGCUGAGUCCUGAGUGCCAAAGGAAACAGUUAAAUUACCUCUUAGGAGAGUUGACUCCUGAACAGCAAACAGAAGGAAAUGAGAUUAUUAAAGUACCCACUGGACUGAUAAUUGAAGGAGGGCUAGAACAAGAAGUACAGGAAGCUAUUUGCAUGAAUGCCUUUUCUGGUAACAACAGGGGUGAAAAUACCAUAUUAGUGGGUAGAACUGUGAAAAAAAGGCAAAUUAUAUUGAUGAUUAACUCAGGAAGCACUCAUAGCUUCAUAGAUGAGCACACUAUGAAGGAAACUGGCUACCAAGCUACUUAUUGUGCCCCAGUAAGGGUAACAGUAGCUGAUGGGAACUAUGUAAUGUGCACCUCACAUUGUAAGGGGUUCACAUGGAAAAUGCAUGGCAGAUCAUUCCAGGAGGAUUUACUUCUCAUACCAAUUGGAGGAUGUGAUUUGGUAUUAGGAAACAACUGGAUGAAAAAGCACAAUCCCACUAAGUUUGACCAUGAAAAGAAGUGUGUUACUAUUGGUAGGAAGGGUAACAAGCUGGUGCUGCAAGGCAUUACUGAAGAGGGGAGAUUAAGCAUGAUGAUUAGCAAGUCUAUAAGCAAGGUUUUGAAGAAAGGUCAUACUCUCAUAGCUCAUUUGUUUAUGAUGAGUGUGGAAGUACAGCAAGGACAAGAACAAAUUGAAGAAGUCAUUCAAGAUGUGAUCAGCCAGUAUCCAGAUGUCUUUGCAGAACCUAAAACACUACCACCUAUAAGGACCUUAGACCAUUGCAUACCUCUUAAACCUGGUGCUAUGCCAGUUAGUUUAAGACCUUAUAGAUAUAAUUUUCACCAAAAGGAUGAACUGGAGAAACAGGUUGAAGAAAUGUUGGGAAGUGGCAUCAUCCAACCCAGUCAAUCUCCUUUCUCCUCACCUGCUUUGCUAGUCAAGAAAAAGGAUGGAACCUGGAGGUUCUGUGUGGAUUACAGAGGCCUUAAUGACAUUACUAUUAAAGACAAGUAUCCAAUUCCCAUAGUGGAUGACUUGUUGGAUGAAUUACAUGGUUCAACAAUUUUUUCUAAAGUGGAUCUCAGGGCUGGAUACCACCAAAUCAGAAUGAAAAUGGAAGAUGUUUUCAAAACUGCUUUUAGGACUCACAUGGGCCAUUAUGAGUUUAGAGUUAUGCCUUUUGGACUUACAAAUGCACCUGCCACAUUUCAAGCACUCCUGAACUAG